AUGGGCUUCUUCUCCCGCAAGAACAAGCAGACCGCCAACGGAGAUUCCACAGCUCACUCCAACAGUCAAGACCCUACCGCAGUACGCACGACUAGCACUCAUUCCCUACGACAUCCAUUCUCCGCAAUGCGUACCAACAGCGAACCAACGCAAGCUCAAAGCAUACCAGAUGUCCCGCUGCCCAAAGCUCCGGACCCGAACAAGGACCCUGCGGCAUACCUACGCAGCAUCUACGCAGUAAGAGAGAGGAGCAGGCUGGUAUUGGACAAGGCGAAGAGGAAUCAGCUCAGACAUUUCAAUGUGGACAUGUCCAAGUUCAACGACACGGCACAUUAUGUCGUGUCGAUAAUCAAGCGAGACUUCGAUCCCGACUACCAUACAAUACCACCUCAUGGACGAUGGCAACACUUUGAAGUUGGCGGCCGACCUCGCAUCGAUCAGCUCAUGCAAUCAUGGCCGAGCACGGUUGAUGCCCACGAACGAACACGCCGAUUGAUCGAUCUCUUCCUCGUUUCUGUCCUACUCGAUGCUGGCGCUGGUACAAAAUGGCAAUACAAGUCGAAAGAAAGUGGGAAGACAUUCAAGAGGAGUGAAGGACUGGCUGUGGCUUCUCUAGAGAUGUUCAAGACGGGUCUGUUCUCCUCAGAUCCUGAACAACCAUUCCAAGUGGACAGCAAAGCUCUCAAAGCUCUUACGCCAGAGGUCAUGGCAAAGGGUCUGCAAGUGACAGACGAUAAUCCUAUUGCUGGUCUGGAAGGAAGGACAAAUCUCCUCAUACGACUAGGUGAUGCUCUUGUCACUGCUCGUGAGAUCUUCGGACCUGAAGCUCGUCCUGGCAGUAUGCUCGACUACCUUCUCGGCCACCCUACGACACAACAUUCUCCCGAUCCAAUCGUCCCUCUCCCUACACUCUGGGACACCCUCAUGAACGGUCUUGUACCUAUCUGGCCCGCAACACGCACCACGAUCGACGGCACACCUCUCGGCGACGCAUGGCCCUGCGGCUCAAUGCCCUCGCAUCCAACUCACCCAUGGGAGAACAUCGUGCCAUUCCACAAGCUCACCCAAUGGCUCACCUACUCCCUCAUGGUACCCAUGCAAAAGCUAUCCCAAAUCACAUUCGUCGGUGUGGAACUCAUGACCGGCCUGCCCGAAUACCGCAACGGAGGCCUCCUCGUCGACACUGGUCUACUGACCCUCAAACCCGACGAUGUCGCCCGCGGCAUCGAACAAUACCACCUCAACGCCACUCGCCAAGGUCAACCAUCUAUCGAAGUCGUGCCUCUGUUCACCGCCGACGACGACGUGAUUGUCGAAUGGCGAGCUCUCACCGUCGGCUUCCUCGACGAACUCCUCGCUGAGGUCAACCUCCUCCUUGGCCUGACAGGCGAUGACAAACUCAGCUUAGCACAAAUGCUCGAAGCGGGAACAUGGAAAGGCGGACGAGAGAUCGCAGAGGUUUCACGACCAAAUACGAAAGAGCCGCCGAUCAUGAUCUUGUCCGACGGCACGGUGUUCUAG